AUGAUUUUGUUUUUGGUAGUUUCUUUGAUGUUUAUACAACUUUCUACUAUUAGUGAAGCCCUCGUACAUAAACCGAGCUAUCUACAUUCGUGUUCAAGGUCGUCGAAAAAUUUCAGCGCCUGUGCCAUAGAAAGUGCUAAAUUCGCCAUUCCACAUCUUCUUAACGGUGAUAAGAAGUUGAAACUGCCAAAAUUUGCUCCUAUGGAUAUUCCUUUGAUAGAAGUUCAUGGUAGUAAUAAUUUCUCGGUGAAAUUGACGAAUUUAAAAGUUUACGGAUUAGAACAUGUUAAACCGUUGAGAGUAGAUGUAAAUUUCGAGAAGAGAAAAGCUCAUUUGCUCAGCACAGUUCCGCUGUUAUUCGUAACCGGUCAAUACGAAAUGACCGGACGGAUUUUGGUAUUUAAUUUAAAUGGACAUGGAAUAGCAAAAUUAACUAUGACCGAAGGUGUAUAUUCAUACGAUGUGGAAUGGGAAAGUGAGCAAAGACACGGUGAAGAAUACGCUAAACUUUUCAAAAGCGACUUCGAUUAUACUCUAAAAAAAGUGUCUUAUAAUUUCGAAAAUGUAUUCAACGGAAACGAAAGGAUGAGUACCAUAAUAAACAAAGCUUUGAACGAUAAUUGGGAAAUUGUCAAUGAAGAUCUGAAGGAUUCGGUUAAAGCUGCAAUGCUAGCUAUCCAUAACGAUCUAUUCCAACGGUUCUUCAGUCGAAUUCCUAUAAAGGAAUUAUUUUUAGAUUAG